AAACAUUAUUGUGGACGGCCCCCGAACACAUUCGUAACAAAAUCUUCGGUCUCCAGGGUUCACAGAAGGGCGACGUCUACAGUUUUGCGAUUAUUUUACAAGAAAUCGUUACUAGGUCGGAGCCGUUUGAACCUAUUAACUCGAAGCAAAGCAAGGUCUACCAACCGAAAGAAAUAAUUCGCAAGGUUAAGCUGGGUACUACGCCACCAUUUCGGCCAGAGAUAUCCCCUGAUGAGUGUCCAUCUAACUUUCUCUACAUGCUGUUUUCUUGUUGGGAUGAAAAUCCAGCUUCCAGGCCAAACUUUGCCUCCAUCAAACAGCAGAUGAAGAAAAUCACUAAGGGAAUGGGGAGUGGGAAUUUUCUGGACAAUCUGUUGACUCGAAUGGAACAGUAUGCUACCAAUCUGGAACAACUAGUGGAAGAAAAAACAUCUGCCUUCUUGGAAGAGAAGAAGAAGAGUGAAGAACUGCUCUAUCAGGUGAUCCCAAAGUACAUAGCCGAUCAGCUGAAGGCGGGCCAUCAAGUUAAACCUGAGACAUUCGAAAGUGUAACUAUCUACUUCAGCGACAUUGUGGGUUUCACCUCGCUCUCAGCCGAGAGUACGGCUAUGGAGGUGGUUGACCUGUUAAACGACUUGUACACGACUUUCGAUGCAAUUAUUGAAAACUAUGAUGUGUACAAGGUAGAAACCAUCGGUGAUGCCUAUAUGGUAGUGUCAGGGGUACCAGUCCCCAACGGGAACAAACACACCCGGGAGAUUGCAAGAAUGUCUCUGACCAUCAGAGAUGCUAUUUGUAAAUUCAAAAUCCGCCAUCGUCCUGGCAGACAAAUGCAAAUUAGAAUUGGAAUGCACACAGGUUCGUGUGCUGCUGGUGUGGUUGGUCUGAAAAUGCCACGCUACUGUUUGUUCGGCGACACUGUCAAUACUGCUUCCCGUAUGAAGAGUAAUGGCGAAGCAAACAAAAUCCAUGUUAGCCCUACUUCAAAGGCUAUUUUAGAUGUUUUUGGAACAUUCAUUAUGUCAACAAGAGGGGAGGUUGAGCUAAAGGGAAAAGGAAAAAUACUCACCUAUUGGCUGGAAGGAGAAUCUGAAGACAGUAUAGAAACCAAUGAAAAGUUUCUUCAGCGCGUACAAAAAGUUGUUAUGGAAUCAUUCGAAUAACACAAAAGGCG